AUGGCUGACGAAGUGGACCACCAAGAGUCCGUGAAUAACAAACGUCCUAUCGAAGAAGAUGCGUCUCCCAGACAAGACUUAAGUGAUGACGAUAUUGGGCCUCUUAUGCCUCCCUCAGAAACCGAUCUUCCAAGAAAGAAGAAACGAACUUUGGCAUACGAGAAGCUGUACCUCGCCAAUAUACCGUCCGCCGAUAUGUACGAGAAGAGUUAUAUGCAUCGUGAUGUUCUCAAUCAAGUAGCAGUAACCAAGAGCGAUUUUAUCAUUACAACUUCGGUGGAUGGCCAUCUUAAAUUUUGGAAAAAGACAUCGACAGGCAUCGAGUUUGUCAAACACUAUCGUUCGCAUAUCUCGAAUAUCGUCGGUAUCAGUGUCUCAGCUGACAACGAACUGCUCGCAACCAUUUCUGACGAUAUGGCGUUGAAAGUCUACGAUAUUACCAACUUUGAUAUGAUAAACAUGGUCAAACUCGGUUAUAAGCCAAAAGCGGUGUGCUGGAUUCAUCAGAAAGAUCAAGCCCAAGCCCUGAUUGCAGUCUCGGAAGCGGCGAAUUCCAAUAUCCACAUCUAUGAUGGACGUGCCGAUGGCAAACCAAUUCAUACCUUUUCUGACAUGCACACACAACCCGUGCAUAUCAUGACGUUCAACUCUCGUUUCAAUUGCGUUGUUUCCGUCGAUGGACUGGGCAUGGUCGAAUACUGGUCACCCGAAGAACCUUUCGAAUUACCGAAACAUCUUGAUUUUGAAUUAAAGUCAGAAACCGAUCUGUAUGAAUUUCGCAAGCAUAAAUCAGUACCAACAUGCUUGGUCUUCUCUCCCGACGAGUCCAAGUUUGUCACCAUGAGUUUUCCUGAUCGUCAAGUUCGAUUGUUCAGAUUCAGCACUGGCAAAAUUUACCGCAAAUACGACGAGAGUCUUCACAUCGCCAGUGAGAUGCAGCAGGCUGGCACCACCAUUUAUAAACUGGAUGACAUGGAGUUUGGUCGACGACUGGCUGUAGAUAAAGAAUUGGAGAAGUCGCCUCAGUCCAAAUUUGUCAAUGCUGUAUUUGAUGACAGCGGCAACUUUAUCAUUUAUGCUACCUUGUUGGGUAUCAAAGUGGUCAAUAUUCGUACAAACAAGGUGGUGCGUCUUCUCGGUAAAUCCGAAACCCAUCGAUUUGUCAAUGUGAGCAUGUAUCAAGGAGCACCCCGAAAGAAAGGCAUUUAUACAAUGGCCAUGGCGGCAUCCGACAACAGCGUGAUCAAAGAAAGCGAGACCUUGGAUCCAACGCUGUUUUGUACUGCUUUCAAGAGAAACCGAUUCUUCAUGUUUACACGUAGAGAACCUUACGAUGAUGACAGCCAUAAAGCGGAUCGUGAUGUCUUUAACGAGAAGCCUUCUCGUGAAGAACAAACAGUGGCGGCCACUCAGGAACGUAAGCAGGUGCUUGGCACUCAAGCGAUUCUUCGAACCACGGCGGGCGACAUCCAUUUGCGUCUGUUCCCUGACGUGGCGCCAAAAGCAGUGGAAAAUUUCGUCACUCACGCGAAAAAUGGAUAUUACGAUAAUCUGAUUUUCCAUCGAGUCAUCAAAGGAUUCAUGAUUCAAACAGGAUGUCCUUUUGGUGACGGCACGGGUGGUGAAUCGAUUUGGGGAGAUGACUUUGAAGAUGAAAUCACACGUGAAGUUCGUCACGAUCGACCUUACACGGUGAGUAUGGCCAACGCGGGUCCGAAUACAAACGGCAGUCAGUUCUUCAUCACAGUGGUGCCCACGCCUUGGUUGGAUGGCAAACAUACCAUUUUCGGCCGUGCCACCGCCGGCAUGGAUGUCGUCCACGAUAUUGAACAUGUCAAGGUCGAUAAAAGCGACAAACCAUACGAUGACAUCAAGAUCAUCAACAUAGAAAUACGAUAA